CCGAAUAUCCUUUCCGCCGUCUUUAUCGCCGACUUGGUAGCAAUGGCUGAGGGUGAUAAACCAACCAGGCCUAACAAGGCUAAAAAAACAGGUCGACUUUACAACAAGGCUGUCUUCACAGGCUACAAGAGGGGUCUCAGGAAUCAGCAUGAGAACACGGCCCUAUUGAAGAUUGAGGGAGUCCUCACCAAGAAAGACACUGGUUUUUACCUUGGAAAAAAAUGUUGCUACGUUUACAAAGCUAAGAAUAAAACUGCCUGCCCUGGCCACGAUAAACCCAGCCACAUCAGAGUUAUUUGGGGCAAGGUGACCCGACCACAUGGUAACAGUGGUUCAGUCCGUGCCAAGUUCAAGAGGAACUUGCCAGCUAAGGCUAUGGGACGAAGGAUCAGAGUGAUGAUGUACCCAUCAAGAAUCUAAAGUGUAAAAAAAGCAUCAACUGUAAAUUAAUAAUAAAAAAAUGAGAUAACCAAAA